CUAUCGUAUGUGCUUAUAAUUUUUGUUAACUUUGUCUAAAUUUCUCGUUGAAAUAUAGUAAACCACAUUAAGAAUUAACAGACAAGCUUCAAUGUUGAGCGAAGAUAAAAUAUUACCAGUCGGCAGAAGUCGUAAAAGAUUGAGGAUUCGUCGGUUGGCUAGUAGUCCUGCAGAUAAAAAGCGUAAUAAGAAACAAGAGUCCAAAACUCACACUUUCUUACGAAAACUCAAACGCGGUCUGUUCAUUACGUUAUUCUUGUCGGCAGCCGCUGCCCUUAUAUUAGGACAUCAUCUCACACGUAGUAAUGCUAAGCAAACUACAAUCUUCAAAGAUUUUUUAAGUAGUUAUCGGCGACACUACCAUCAAAUUGUACAUGGGAAACCACACUAUUGUGAAUCAUUAUUAGAUGUUCAAUCUCUGAUGGCAGGUGUGCGUAAAUAUACAAUUCUGCAUCAAGAGCAAGCUUUGCAACGAUUGGAAAGCACUCUAAGGAAUCAAACACAGGUUCACUCCAUUGCAAUAGUGGGACCAUCGGGUGUUGGAAAAACUAUGACAGCAAGUGCUUUAGCGGCUAAUUUUCCAUGGCGUGAAAAUGUUUGGACAUAUGCUUGGAAUACACAUGUUGAAAAUGAAGUACAGAAAUUUCGCAUGUUACGACUUUAUGUAGAGCAAUUUUCUGAUUGUGGCAGUAAUUUAUUAAUAGUUGAUAACCUUUUGCCAUGUGAUGACGCGAUAGUCCCAUUAAUGAAUCAAAUGAUAGCAUCUCAAGAUGAGGCAAGUAAUAAGCGCGUCAUCGUGAUUUAUAUAUUUAAUUUAAGCGCAAUGCUGGAUUCAAAUUCGUAUCAGCAACAAGAAAAUACUUUGCAGCAUUUACCUAAUACGACCACAAUAAAUUUCAAGAGAUUAAAUAAAAAAGAUUUGCGGGAGUGUAUAUACCGCGAAAUGCAUACUGAAAAUCUAAUUAUCACUAAAGAUAACUUUGACGAAAUUGCGAACACAAUUGAUGUAGCAACCUCUGGAUGCAAGAAAGUGAAAGCAAAAGUACUAGUUUAUGGCCGCCCCUUGGAGGAAAAUGCGACAACUUAUGAAGGCUGAAAGCUAAUUUUCCAAAGAUUUUACCCAAUUAUAAAAGGAACGAACUACCUUAUAGAUUAAUUUACAAUUACAUCGCGUAUUAAAAUAUAAGUCAUAUACUUUUACAAAAAAAUUGUUGUAAUUCUGACAAAAAAAGUAUUUUGCGACUGUUUACAUAUGUGUUAAAAUUAAAGAGUUUAAGAUAUUAAUCUAAAAAUAUUAAAAGACAAAAGAAACUGUAAUUUUCCAUAUUCCUUUACGGUUACGUAAACCCGACUGUCGGUACGGUAUAAAGUUCUAAGCAUAUGUACAUACAUAUAUGUUGCUGCCAUACAAA